AUGUUGUUGUUCGUAACUGCUAAGUAUCUUUGGAUGUCCCUAGGAGAAGAGGACGACGCUCGCGAAAAUUUUUUUAACAAGCUUUCGGAGGCAAGAGUGAAUUGGAGCGGCCGUGCAAGAAUAGCAAUAGGGAGAGCCUUGGCAGACAUUCGAACAUAUCAUUUUGACCCUGAAAGAUCCGCUCUUCUUCCAUCAAAGAAAAAGCGUGUCGUCAUCGAAGACACUGAGGGCAACGGUAUCGGUAUCACUAAAGAAGACGUGGUAAUUCAAAAGACCGAAUGCGUAGAAGAUGAAGUCGAGGAAAUCGAGGAAGCCUGA